AUGGGCAAAUCUAUCAACGCAAAGGCAUCCUCGGCGAUGACAAAAAAGUCGGGCGUGUCUAAGAUGAAAACGACCUCUGUGGCUAAAAAGUCCGUCAAGAAACGAGUUGAAAUUGACCUACAACAGCCUAAAGACAGGGAUCCCAUCGGUUCCAAGAUGGUGUCUGAAACCCAGACUGAAGAGAAGCGUGUUACCGAUGACAAUGAAGCGCAACGCAUGGCUGAUGAGAUUGAGGCGAAACGAAUCGCCGAACGAGAAGCUCUCAGGAGUGGGCAUUAUGACAGCAUUGUUCCAAACCUGUCGGAGUGGUGGAUGAAGAAUUUAUAUUCAGGAGAUGCUGUCGACGAAGCAUUGGAACGCCAUGACCGUAUCCAUACGGGUAACGCGCUUUUUAUUGCAUGGGAAGAACGUUUUCCGGGCGUCUGGAACCAACCUUGCCUCCGUCAAUUGACAAAGUACCUCAUUGCCGCAUUUGACACUGAAACGAUGGAAGUGAAUCCGUCUGAAGAAAUCUGGUCUUUACGCAUCUUGGCCAUUCGUAUUUCUUUACAAAAUCCGUUUUCCUUUUUCGGUAUUGAUGAGUUUGAGGGCAAACCGGACGACAACCAUUUCUUUUCAGGCAAACUGGCCAAUCCACGUCUACGCUUGGAGCAUCCCUUGGUGGGCUUUUGGUUAAUCAAACAAACAAGAAGUGGCAAGUCUAUCAACAAAGCUCGAAACCAAGAAUCAGUGAAGGAACCAGAUCCGCCUCGUAUUCAAAAAACAUACGAUCCAAUGUAUUCUAUUGACGAACCAGGCACGGAUGUUCAACGCGAUUCCACCAGCCCCAAAGGGGACCAGGUGCAAAACUCAAAUCGCUUUGCACCUCUACAAAGUGACGAUGACUCUUUCGACGGUAGUGGAAUUCAAGAAUUCGACGAGGUUGAAGUGGUGGCGGUGAAAAAGAAUUACUCCAAGGCGCCUGAGUCGUCGGAUGAAGAUGAAGACACUGAUGCUGAUGACACUGACGACAGGGAGAACAUUGUGGACGACGCAAUGGAGGAAGACAAUGAUGAUGAACGGGUCAAUACCGCUGGGGCUAACCCGCACCAUGAGGCCAUGGACCACAACACUCCACCGUUGACUUCUCCUAAACUUACGGCAACACAAGACUCAGCAGGUACAGGGACCCUUAUAGAGCCCUCGGAAACAACUCCUUCUCGCGUUCAACGUCCCCCAACACUGGCCGAACGGAUCUCGAACCUCAUUCAGGUGAACAUGGAAGGGGUACCAGGCAAAUGUCACAUCUUUGAGACUACUUUCUCUGUGGACUAUCAAGGGUCGGAUUCAGGAACUGUGGCGGGGGCGCUCUUGUUGACAGUUCUGAAUUCUAUGGAGGAAGCCAUCAACAAUUCCCCUAAUGAAUUGAAGCUUCUUCCGAUCUCUGAUACCACAUAUAAGCAACCAAAUCUUUGGAUUCGAAACUCAGUAGAUUUACGUAAU